AUGAGUCGUGAAGACGACGCAACGAUGAGUCGUGAAGACGACGCAACGAUGAAUCGCGAAGACGACGCAACGAUGAAUCGCGAAGACGACGCAAUGAUGAAUCGCGAAGACGACGCAACGAUGAAUCGGGAAGACCAUUGUCAACAGUCCGAAAUUACGCCACCUAGCAGCUUCACCCACGAUCCUCUCACUCCUUCACUCACAGGAGAGAAAUCGACCGAGCAGCUAUUCAACAUUAUCGAUGACAUCCGGAAUUACAGAACUGAGUGUGACACACCUUGGCUCGCAUUCAAGCUGAAACCCUGUGAUUACACUGCGCUCGAGUCCAGAAUUCUUGCAGACGGAUUCCUAAACCGCAAACUUCAUUUUGAUUACUUUCCGUCCAUCGAACAAUUUGUGCUCAGAAUGCCGUCUACAAUCCACGAGGGAUUUGGUAUCGCAGUCGUGAUCGACAUUGUUCAGCAUCUAGGCAAGAUCGCACACGGCAACUCCCCUUCCGCCAAAUUCGCAAGAGAUAUCUGCUGCAUCGGUUCCAGCACGAUCACAUUCAACAACCCAGAUUACGGCCGGCAUGAUCCGGAUGCAUCGUUUCAUCACUCAGACGCAAAAUAUCCUGGAGUUGUGAUGGAAGUAGCGUGGUCUCAGAAGGCACGGGCACUCCCACGGCUAGCCGAUGAAUACAUUCUUAGAUCAAAAGGUAAUAUUCGGGUUGUGAUUGGAUUCAAGUUCGAGUAUUUGCACAAGCAUGACAAAACGGCCACGUUAUCGAUCUGGAAAGCACAACAGCAAAUCAAGGAUCGAGGCGUCGAAUUAGUAGCCAAACAGACGGUUACAGAUCAGGUGUUUCGGAAUGCUGACGGUACGCCUAAUGAGAGCCCUGGCUCAGGCCUUCGUCUCGCUCUUGAGGAGUUCGCCCCUAAGGCGUUGAGCAAGCAAUUCAAUGAUUUGAGCGCCAGCAUUUUCAUCCCCGCGCAAGAACUCUGCAGAUUCCUAGACAACGCCGAACGACGUACAUUAAAGAUGAAGGAAGAAGGCCUAAUCGAACCCACACCGGCCCAGCUGACAUUGCGGCCUCGAUCGAGCACGCCCCCCGAUGAAAUACACGAAGAAGAUAAACGGGCAUGGCAAGAUGAGGAGAGGAGACAAGCAGAACGCUCUAUGCGAGAUGACGCUUCAUACUGCCCUAGUUCUCCGUCUGAGUAG